AAGGGUGGCGGUCAGCGUCAAGCCCAAACCAGUCCAGGGGAAAGGAGCAAAAGGCUGCGGCCCUAGAGCGAGAUCCGUCUUGCAAAAGGAGGCGGGUCUUUGGCGAGGCAGCCAGGAAAGGGCGGCCUCUCAGCGGCCAUGGUGGGAGGUGGCGCUUUCUCUGUUCUGGUUCUCUCAACCCGCCACCGAGCCCGAGGAGAGGCUGAAUUGCAAGGCCGAGGGCUGACUGAAGUCUCCUCUUCUUCAAGGGGCGGGGGUUGGCUGCGUUAACAUGGCCGCACGCAGCCCGGAACAGCAGUCGUCACCUCUGCUUCCCCAGCUUCCCAUGGAUCUACUGCAAGCACACAUUAAAAUUGAAAAGGAAGAUGAUGUUCAAUUCGUAUCUGUGAGUCACAAAGAAGUAGGUCACAAUGAAGCAGUCACAAAGAAGGAUGUACCCUUUGUGCCUGUUAGAAAAGCUGUGAAAGGCAGGAAGCCUCGUUAUGAUGGUUCUCUGGUCCAGUUGACCAGGAGGUUCAUGGAUCUUGUCAAAACCGCUCCAGAAGGAGUUCUCGACUUAAAUGAGGUGUCACGGAUGUUAGGGGUUCGGAAACGAAGAGUGUAUGAUAUCACAAAUGUUCUGGAUGGAAUACUUCUGAUCCAGAAAAGAUCAAAGAACCUUAUCCAAUGGAUUGGUUCGGAUAUCAAACAGAUUACAAACAGGACCCCUGAACAUCAAAAGUUAAAAGAUGAGCUCUAUGACUUAACUGCGAUGGAGGAAGCUUUGGAUGAAUUAAUCAAGGAUUGUGCUCAUCAGUUGUUUGACUUAACAGAUGACAAAGAAAAUGCAAGAUUAGCGUAUGUGACCUAUCACGAUAUCCACAGCAUUCAGACAUUUCAAGAGCAGAUUGUUAUUGUAAUCAAGGCACCAGAAGAAACAAAAAUGGAGGUACCAGCUCCAAAAGAAGAUUCUAUAGAAGUACGUAUAAGAAGCACAAAAGGACCCAUUGAUGUCUAUUUAUGUGAGGUACCACUAAGUAACCCAGAUGAUGAUGCUUUGAAAAACUCCGGCAGCCUUUCGUUCAAAACAAAAUAAGCAGCUGCUGUGUUUGAAGAGCAGACAGAAUAAGAAAAAUGUGUGCAGCAGUCUGAGCUUCGGCUCUAUGGACUUCACAGGAUUUAUAUUACCUGGCAACACAGAGGCAACAAAGCUUUUCUUAACUGCAGUCAGGAGACAAGGAUGUGUCCAUGGGAUUGCAGGGCCAAUCCAUGCCUUGAAACUUUAUUCUAGCAGAGAGACUGAGACUAACCUGCAUCCUUGUUCUCUAAUGUCCAGUUGUAAUUUGAAUGCUACUGGGCCAGCCAGACUUUGAAAAGGUGGCUAGAUUGCUGUCUGUGCAGCUCUUUCAUCAGAAGUGUGUAUGCAGGCAUGCACCUGAGAACAAAUCGGUAGCAUCUUGUGCAGCUUAAUGGAAUGGCAAGGAACAUGAAUUUGUCAAUAAAAAAUACCACCUUUUGGAACUGAAUUUGUAGCAAAAUAUGGAUGGUAAGGGACAAUACUUGAAGAAGUGCACUUUUUAACUCUGAAGCCAAAUGGAAUGAUUAAGCCUGUACUGAGAUACUGAAAGAACUUUGCAGGGGAAAUAUUUCACACAGGAAGGAAAGAAUAAAGCAUAACCUUGUCAAAAUUAUGCACUGUUCCAUGGGAUCUGUUUAGGUAAGGUGCAUUGAGUUCAGUAUUGAACUGUGGAUGUAAAUCUUCAAGAAAUAUAUACUGCUUAGAUCCAUAUGUGCAUAUGUGUAUCACGUUUAAAUAGCUGCCAGUGGGAAUUUUGGCAGGGUGAGUGGCAAUUCUACUUCUGUACAGAAAAAUGGAAAUAAACUUGUAAAUUUGAAAAA